UUUGCUCUCUGAGAGUUUGUAAUAAGACACACUCCUCUUACAAGAGUUUAUACUACAACCUAGCAAAGAACUUUAAAUUUUUGGAAGAACAAAACACUCAUUUUGGCAUUGUGCAGAGCAAAGUGAGCUCGGUGGCCUGUCGUCCACCCUCAGAAUGACAGCACUCUCUGCCGUCAGCAGUGCGCUCCUGUUCUCCCUUCUCUGUGAAGCAAGCACUGUCGUCUUACUCAAUUCCACUGACUCAUCCUCGCCAACCAAUAAUUUCACUGAUAUUGAAGCAGCUCUCACAGCACAGCUAGGCUCUGCGGACGUCCCCAAAGCCAGGCGGAAGCGCUACAUUUCGCAAAAUGACAUGAUCGCCAUUCUCGACUACCAUAACCAGGUCCGGGGUAAAGUGUUCCCACCGGCAGCGAACAUGGAAUAUAUGGUUUGGGAUGAAAAUCUCGCAAAAUCUGCAGAGGCUUGGGCGGCUACGUGCAUUUGGGACCACGGACCUUCUUACUUACUGAGGUUUUUGGGCCAAAAUCUGUCUGUACGAACUGGAAGAUAUCGCUCUAUUCUCCAGUUGGUCAAGCCAUGGUACGAUGAAGUGAAAGACUAUGCUUUUCCAUAUCCCCAGGACUGCAACCCCAGAUGCCCUAUGAGAUGUUUUGGCCCCAUGUGCACACAUUACACACAGAUGGUUUGGGCCACCUCCAAUCGGAUAGGAUGUGCGAUUCAUACUUGCCAAAACAUGAAUGUGUGGGGAGCUGUAUGGCGACGUGCAGUUUACUUGGUAUGCAACUAUGCCCCAAAGUAA